AUGUCGUCAGCAACAUCUCCACCGCCCAUCUUCCAGACCAACACCAUCCCGUUCAGCACGACUCUACCUCCGGCCAUACCGAGCCCUCUGAAGCGAAAGCCAUCAGCCGACCUCUCCCCUCCUCCUCGGGACUCUCCAAAGAGACGGCGACUGGACUCACAAAGGCCGUCCACCGAGGAGACCCAAUACUCUACAAAGCACUAUGCCGUCUAUUUCCACAAGCUUCUCGAAGAACCAAGCACCACCAGACCCCAGCUCCUCAGCGUAUCCCCCGUCUUCGAGACCACGCAGAAAGCCAUGCGCGACCACGCUACCCAAGGAAUCGAAGCAAACGUCCAAUGGGGAGCCACAAGAGAGCUAAGUAUCAAUCGUCUCUACGAGAUCAUGAAUAGCAGAAAUCAUGUGGUUCUACGCUACGAAAUGGACAUUGUUUUCCCCGCAGGCGAAAACGCGGACGGCGUCAAGCUUUGGACUCGUGCGAGCGAAUUGGACACUCUGCCAGUGCAGUAUGGUCUGUGUGUUGAGUAUCUGAACGACAACUACGACGAGGACGAGGGAGCAGAGCGCUCCCUGGUCGUCACUUUUGGAAGUCUGGGCGAAGCCAAACACGCCAUGAAAAAGUCGGCGGCGGCGUACAUUGGCAGCUCAAGUGGACUCAAGGUGUCUGAGAGGUGCAUUGAGAUGGUAGGGGAGGAGGGACAAGUUUUUCGACGGUACAAGAUCCAAGAGGGCAGGAGGGAUGCGCAAGGUAGAUUUAUACGGGAAGAAGACUUGUAUCUUGAGCUGAGCGGUGCAGAUCAGACGGUACCUGCCGAGCUUCCACCUGCGCCCGACAAUGUGGAGUCGUCUGCACCGCCAUCUCCUCAGCCGAUUACUGCUCCAGCCAUUACUGCAGUCGUACGCCAAGCUACACCAAAAGUCGCAUCAAACAAUCCCGCUCCCACGACCCCCGAACCAAAAGCUGCUCCCGGCAAACGCCGCCAGUCUGCUCGGAUUAAAGUCGAGACUCAGGCUGCUAAGGAUAUGAAGGAAGAACUACUUAAGAUCGAGCCCAAGCCCAAGCCUCAGCCUAAGCCAAGGGCUCCCGCUCAACCCAAGCCCCCAGCUAAGCCCAAAACGCCAGCUAAAGCCAAAGGCAAAGCCAAAACCUCAGCUCAAACUCCAGUCGACUUAACCCCUCACUGCACCUGUGGCGGCCUCGACGACGGUAGCCUAAUGAUCGGCUGCGAUAACGACGCUUGUCCGAUUGGUUGGUACCAUGGACGUUGUAUCGGCAUCUCAAAGCCGAUUCCCAAGAACAAAGAAUGGUAUUGUGCCAUGUGUACGAAAGAGAUGGAGAACAACAAGGAUACGGUUGUUGAAACGGCACGUGCGAAGACGCCUGUGAAGAAGAGAGGUAGCGGUGGUGGCGUAAAGACAAAGGCGAAGGCGAAGGCGAAGGCGAGGAAGAGCAAGUAG